AUGAGCGACGCAGGAUCUUACACGCUUUGGCACCAGGGUUGGUUUUAUGCUACUACCCGUCACCAACGCCCCUUAACCGCCCAAUAUCAAUCACCAACGCCCCUAACCGCCCACUAUGAACCACUGUCGAUUCUUAACCACCCAUUUUCAAACACCGACGCCCUCAAACCCGCCCACUUUCAACCACCGACGCCCCUAAACCGCCACACGACGCCCCUAAACCGCCCACUACCCACCACCGACGCCCCUAACGCCCACUACCCACCACCGACGCCCCUAACGCCCACUACCCACCACCGACGCCCCUUAACAACCCACUGCCCACCACCGACGCCCCUAAACCGCCCACUACCCACCACCGACGCCCCUAAACCGCCCACUACCCACCACCGACGCCCCUUAACAACCCACUGCCCACCACCGACGCCCCUUAACAACCCACUGCCCACCACCGACGCCCCUAAACCGCCCACUACCCACCACCGACGCCCCUAA